AGGCCGGUGCCAACGUGUUUUUUUUUAUGCGAGCUCCUUUUUGGAGAACGGGACCACCACGAAAAAAAAAACAGAUGUCACAAGUGCUUCAGGCUUAUUAAUUUCCUCUGUCUAUCGUUUCUCUUGCGUUCUUCCCUCUUCGACGAAGAUGAGCGUACGAGUACACUGCUCUUGGAGCGGUCCGGUCCGAGCGGUCGCGGCCUACCUCCUCCUGUCACCACGCGUAACAGAUGUCGCUGGCCUGACGCUGAGCCGGGAUGGCGGCGUGACUGACCGAGUACGCCGUGUAGACGAGAAAAGGGCCUCCGGAGCAAGCGAAGGCGACGCCACGGUUACGCCGACACCGAAAAAGUCUCUGCUGCAGAAAAGGCAGGUCGGACUGCAGACCAACGGAGGACUUGCCGGAGCUGGACAGCAGUGGACAAACCAACAACAGCCCGCCGCUCAGCAAUCAUUGGGAGCCCAGCAGCAAUUAGCAGCCCAGCAGCAAUUAGCAGCCCAGCAACAACUCGCAGUUCAGCAGCUGGUUGCUGGCCAGCAACCACAGGCCGCGCAGCAGCAACUGAUGGCGCAACUGCAACAGUCGCAACAAAUCACACCGCAGCAGCAGCUGGCACUGCAACAGCAAAUGGCCGCACAGCAGCAACAGUUUCUUGGCUCCUCCGGCCCGCAGAAUCAGGCAGCCGAUCAGGCCGGCUGUUUCAACGACUCCUGCGGAGGAAGUACCUCGACCGCAGCGCAGCCCGUCGUCGCGGGGCAGCCUUUGCAAGUGGCCGGAAGCGGUGCUAACGGCGGGAACUCGAUGCUGGGUGCUCCGCAACAACUCGCCUAUCGCAGUCGAAAAGAUCAUCCGGCGCCCCCCACCCGGAGGGAGGUACUUGGUUAAAGGAUAUGACCACGCAUAUUAACAAGAAAGAGAUCGUUUUUGUAAGCGCAAGAAGAUAGGCAUUGUACUUACUUGAAUUUUUGUAUUGCUGCAGGAAGUAGACAAUCGCGCAGCGUUCGCGCACGCGGACGCGCCGUGCAUAUGCAGUCCUGAAGUACAUAUAUUUUGUGCAUGUUCCUCGUAUGUAGAUGUACCAUGCGAAAAGAGUCACAGGGCCAUUCCUGUCUGAGUCACAGGGCACACAAAAAGCACGCCUGCUGCCGCGGCGGGGGCGAACAAGGAACUUUUUUCAUAUGGAUACCGCACUGGGUGCUGGUUUGGUGCCAGGCAGCGGCGACACGGCAGCGAGUCAGCUCGUGACCACCGCCCCCACAACGACCACUCCCUGGGUCUUCCCUGACUACAGCGACGCCGGCGACUACCCGGGCCCGCCGAACGGGCAGAGCGGGGGCAACCUAUUCCGAUAAAAAGUGCUGCCCCAACCCAGGAGGUUGGAAAUGCUUCUGAGACAAAGUUUCCAAUUGGAAUUGUCUUGCAUGAUGAAAGGGCUACAUAUCUUUCUGGUACAGAAUCUAGGAUCUUUUGUAGAACAGGGCCGCCUGCUCUUCCUGGGAGCUACUCAGCGUUGAACAUUUGCGAUGCUGAUACAUGCAAGAUGGGGGCGAGGAGCCGUGUUGCCAACAGGAGGAAAAGCUUUGCAAUGCAAAUGCGUCCAAGCAUUUCUGGGGGUAUUUUUCAAUAUGAUACAACCCGACUCCGCCAAACGUGUUGCUGGACAGCGUCGUGGUGUACGAGACCAACGUCGCGAACCUGCCCUGCAACUGCAACACCAAUUGGUACCUGGACUGCGGACGCACGAGGACGCUGGAGUGCGACAGCGGCGGGGCCGCCGGCGAGAACGGGAAAGAGAUCGACCUGUCCGAGGCCAACAAGUCCGCGUUCUGCAUGACGCUGCACCUGUGCUGCAACGAUAAGUGGUUCGACGCCCAGAAAUUCGACCGGGACCAGUGCAAGCAGAUUCGGGCGACGGACCCGCAAAACUUAUCAACUGCAAAAAUGUCUGGGUCAGGAUGAUUUCGGGACUUGUCAUGCUAGUCUGGCAUGACUCUGAGCUCUGUAUUGCGUGGCCGCAAGGAGCACGUUUUGCCUGUCAUACGAAAACGCAGUUUCUAAUGCGGAAUACGCAACGCAGAACCACAGAAAAACUUGUCAUGCUUUGCAGUGCAUUACAGUGUGCACAUUGUACGCUGACUUGCAUCACAAGUUUCCAGACCCAGACUUUUUACAUUUGAUAAAACUCCAUGUACAACAACGACUGCGACCAGUGGGGCUGCUCCAUUUGCUCGCGCAUGAUGAAAAACAUCAACGUAUCCCGUGUAAAAACGUCUCCACCCCCCCCGCCCCCAAAUUUUAUUUGUCCCGCAAUUCUGUAUGACCGAAGUUUUUCUCGUGCGCAAGAAAUACAUUCCUUCGCCACAACAUGCGCGGCAUUUCCUAAUUACACAAAAUAGAACACACUGCACCUGCAGGUUCCCUGCAUCUGGGAGUUUGUCGCGCUAGAAUCUGGGUCAGCGUAUUAAUUUCUCCUGCGGCUGCACUAGCGAAUAAGUACGAUAAAGCUACCGGCCCAAACUUGUCCCGCGCAAGACAAGCUUGAUGUUAGUGUCAUGCACAAGACAGCACAAGACUCUUUUGCUCGUGGAAGGAAGCAAAAUAACUAGUCUUUGAGGUCGUGGGGGCGGUUUUUCAUUGGAUGCGACGAUAUCAAAUGUAAAAGUGUCUGGGUCUGGAAGAAUGCAACUUGUCGUGCUAAAUCAGAAGCAUGCAAAAAUCUGUGUUGCAUGAUUACCAAAAGCCGUGUUGUUUUGACCAAGUCGGGAGAAAGUUUCUCACGCAGGAUAGGCAUGAGAGAGAUCGCGCAGAAUCUGUCAUGCUAGGUCCUGCAUUCCAGACCUCAUGGGUCAUGGAAAAGCUGCAUGACAGAUCGCGAAUUCUUCCAGACCCAGACAUUUUUACAUUUGAUAGACGACGACGGGAAAUGGGUGGAGACGGGGGGCAAGGUCGCCUACGGCGACUAUCAAAAUGAAAAAUCCCCCCUCCCCAUAUCAAAACGAAAUUUCUGAUGCUGGAUUUGAGUACACAAAUCAGCUUUGUAUUGCAGGAAAGCAUUGCAGUCGGGUCCCCAGGCUAGGUAGGGGCGUAUGCGUCUAGUUGUUCAGCAUGGCAAGCGGCUCCCCUUUAGGCCCAACAGCAUGACAAAUCGCUUCCAUAAUGGGGCGGAAGCUUCUGCCCUUGCCUUCUUGCAAAACAGACGUGACUUGUGACCUCAAAUCAGCAACACAACUUUUCGGAAACAUGCCUUUUCAAUAUGGGGAGGGGGGUCUUUCCUCUCAAUAGCGACGGGCCUAACUUCUUCAUCGACGGCAACCAGGACUGGAAAGUCGCGUUUUGGUUUGAAAAGGACGGGGACAACCUGUUGAAAAACAUCCACACCGAGGUGUCCCAAAACGGGAAAAAGAUGUACUUCCAGAUCUGCGCCUCCCCGUGCAACGACGAGCAGUUCGCGCGGUACACCGCGGGGGAGUACGUCGGCGAUGAGUGCGACCCGGCGGUGAAGAAAACGGGGUCAGAACUCGGAGCCACGGACGGAGACGGCGGACCCAAGUGCAACCAGAUGUCGAGUCCGCCGCGGCACCGCGGGGAGUCCACCAACCCCAGUUUGUACAAGCAGAUGUUCACAAAGUCUCUGCAGGGCGAGUGGACCGGAACCUUCUCGUCGAACUGGGGCGGAUCGGGGGACGGGCUGAACGCCAUGGGGUGGAUGGACCAGAACGAUGAGCGGUGCGGUGACAUCUACCCGGGCCCGUGCCCCCGGGAUUUCAGCUCCGGGUGCAGCGGGGGAAAGUUCUGGGGCUUCAAACUGAAGCAGAAUGCCGGGCCGACCCGGUGAGUGAGGAGAAGCAAGCGCGGACGAAACUGUUAAGCACUCACCUGUCGGACAAGAUCAAGAGCCUCCGGACACCACGACGUUUCUUGCCUUUACAUACAAUGACGUUCUUCAGCAUUUCUUUUUCGUUCACACUGCAACACAAUUUAUUUCAAUUUCGCUUGUUUUAUUCCGAACACAAACUUUCCCAGUACUGGAGGUAAUGGCUAUAGAAAAAGAUUCAUGGUUUUAUUAUAUCCAAUGUGACAGACCAGUAGUAAUAUUUUUACGCAUACACUUCAGCGCCUAAAUUUUCUUCUAUCGUUCGCAGAGGUUUUUGACUUUCUUUCGUUGAUUCUAAUCACCUUGCAUGCAUGUUGUUACGAUUUUCUUUUUUCACACACUAUGUACAGUUCUUUGUUUUUGGCCUCACGCAGUUUCCAUUCAUUGUUUCCAUACAGCAGGAGGCGGGACUAGGAGGACAUUAUCAGCAGGCGAAAAGAAAUCUCAUCUGCAGCUACGAAAAGUGUCAUUUAUCCGGGAAAAAUUGUCUGCUUAAG